AAAGAGUUGCGGACAUUGUAUAAGCCAACAUAACAUGGCGACACACUAGAGCAGAUUUCUGUCAUUUGGACGUUUUAGUAGUAGAAUAUUGGUUGGGAACUCGUACAAAGUGUGACUUUAGUAGCAGAAUAUUGGUUGGCAACCCGUACCAAGUGUGAUUUUAGUAGUAGAAUUUUCGAGGCAACCCGUACCAAGUGGGAUAUUUUUGCGUGUGUAUUAGUGAAAAUCUUAGGAUUGGCUACUUGUAGAUUUAUACAAUGGUUGCGGAUCAUUUUAUCCAGGGAUAAUAUAUAUAUCAGAGAUUAUCCCUGGUGAUAGAUUUGCAAAUUAAGUCGGAUCAUUUAUAAAAAUUCGUAGUCAUGGUUAUGGUACAAAGUGAUCCUACACCACCCGGUGUUUGUAGGGAAAAUGUUUGCCGCGUUCCAGAAAUAAUAAAUUUUACCGCUGAGGAGGUGCGUACAUUGGAACAGUGGCAGAAUAGUAGAAUAUUUGAACAAUGUAUGCAUUUGUCAAAGGGGAAACCAAAAUAUACGUUCUAUGAUGGCCCACCAUUUGCUACUGGACUGCCACACUAUGGCCAUAUAUUGGCAGGUACUAUUAAGGAUAUCAUUACCCGGUAUGCAUAUCAACAAGGAUAUCAUGUUGAUAGGCGUUUCGGUUGGGAUUGUCAUGGCUUGCCGGUUGAAUUUGAAAUAGAUAAGCUUUUAAACAUACGUGGCCCAGAAGACGUUGCUAAAAUGGGUAUUAAAGCAUACAAUGCUGAAUGCCGUAAAAUAGUUAUGCGUUACGCUAACGAAUGGGAGGAAAUUGUUACGCGUAUGGGUCGUUGGAUUGACUUUAAGAAUGAUUACAAAACCCUUUAUCCUUGGUAUAUGGAGUCGAUAUGGUGGGUUUUUAAACAAUUAUUUGAUAAAGGACUAGUAUAUCAAGGAGUUAAGGUUAUGCCAUAUUCAACGGCAUGCACAACUGCCCUAUCGAAUUUCGAAUCAGGUCAGAAUUACAAAGAAGUUGUCGAUCCUUGUGUAGUGGUGGCACUGCAGACUAUUAAUUUGGAAAAUACAUACCUCCUCAUAUGGACAACAACGCCAUGGACUUUACCGUCCAAUUAUGCUUGUUGUGUUAACCCGAACAUGAUAUAUGUUAAGGCACGUGAUAAGGCAACUGGCAGGAUUUACAUAGUGGCUGAAUGCCGCCUAAGUUACGUCUAUAAGGAUGAAAAUGAAUAUGAAGUUUUAGAUAAAUUCCCUGGACGUGUGCUUGCUAAUCAACACUACAAACCAAUAUUUCCCUACUUUGUGCAAAGGGGCACUGAAGAUCAUGCUUUCCGAGUUCUUGUAGAUGAUUAUGUAACCGAGGAUUCAGGUACUGGCGUUGUUCACAAUGCACCUUAUUUCGGCGAAGAUGAUUACCGAGUUUGCCUUAAGGCUGGUAUUAUUUCCAAAUCAAGUGAUGUAAUUUGUCCACUUGACGAUUCGGGUCGAUUCACAAACGAAGUUAAAGAUCUAGCUGGAUUAUACGUAAAAGAUGCCGAUAAGAAAAUAAUAUCAAUGCUUAAGGAGAUGGGAAGUCUUGUUUCAACUGGGCAAGUUAAACACAGCUACCCAUUUUGUUGGCGCUCAGAUACACCACUCAUUUAUAAGGCUGUUCCAUCGUGGUUUGUACGGGUCGAACACAUGUCAAAAAACUUAUUGGCGUGCAGCUCGCAAACUUAUUGGGUUCCUGAAUUUGUACGAGAUAAACGAUUUGGCAAUUGGUUAAAAGAAGCAAGGGAUUGGGCUAUUAGUCGCAACCGUUAUUGGGGGACGCCAAUACCGAUUUGGCGUUCACCUACUGGUGAUGAAACUGUUUGUAUUGGAAGUAUCAAACAAUUAGAAAUGUUAUCCGGGAAGAAGAUUACGGAUCUUCAUCGCGAGACGAUCGAUGAAAUAAAAAUACCGUCUGCCAUACCCGGAAGGCCCCCAUUAAAGCGUAUUUCUGCAGUUUUUGAUUGCUGGUUUGAGUCAGGUUCAAUGCCAUUUGCUCAACAACAUUUUCCUUUUGAGAACGAAACAGAUUUUAUGAGUAAUUUUCCAGCCGAUUUCAUUGCCGAGGGCAUUGAUCAAACUCGUGGUUGGUUUUAUACACUGUUAGUAAUUUCUACAGCUUUGUUCAAUAAAGCACCUUACAAAAAUUUAAUUGCAAACGGCCUUGUGUUAACGGCAGAUGGUCAAAAAAUGUCAAAACGUAAAAAGAACUAUCCAGACCCUAUGGAGGUAGUAAACAAAUAUGGCGCCGAUGCACUUCGUCUAUAUUUAAUAAAUUCCCCUGUAGUACGAGCUGAGAAUUUGAGAUUUAAAGAGGAAGGUGUACGGGAUAUAAUUAAAGAUGUAUUUUUACCGUGGUAUAAUGCUUAUCGGUUUUUAUUACAAAACAUUGCUCGUUUUGAGAAAGAGGAUCUUAAUGGUGAGAAGAAGUAUAUAUACAAUAAAGAACGCCAUCUAAAAAACAUUGGUGAAUCGUCUGUACUUGAUAUUUGGAUAAUUUCCUUCAAAGAGUCUCUGUUGGAUUUCUUCUUCAAGGAAAUGAAACGGUAUCGUUUAUACACCGUGGUGCCACGAUUGACCAAAUUUAUAGAUCAAUUGACGAAGUGGUAUGUGCGUUUAAAUCGUCGCCGCAUCAAGGGAGAACUAGGCAAGAAGGAGUGUAUACAAUCAUUAGAUACACUGUACGAUGUUCUCUAUUCAAUGGUUGAAAUAAUGGCGCCUUUCACGCCGUUUCUUUCCGAAUAUAUUUUUCAGCGUUUAGUACUAUUUCAACCAGAUAAUGCCAUUAAAGAUUCAACUUCAGUGCAUUAUCAAUUAAUGCCUAUCUGCAAUCGAAACUUUAUACGUUCAGAUAUUGAGAAAUCUGUAACUUUAAUGCAGUCAGCUAUCGAACUGGGUCGUGUAAUGCGUGACCGGCGUACGUUACCAAUAAAAUAUCCCGUAUUAAAUAUAAUUAUUAUACACAAGGAUGCCGAUUGCCUUUCUUCUAUCAUGAGCCUGGAAACGUUCAUAUUGAGUGAGUUAAAUGCUCGUAAAUUAACUGUAAGUUCAGAUAAGGAGAAAUAUGGAAUAACGUUACGUGCAGAACCAGAUCAUAAGAUUCUAGGUCAAAGAUUAAAAGGUGAUUUCAAAUCUGUUAUGUCAGCUAUCAAACAGCUCAGCGAUGAUGAAAUACAAUUACAUGUAUCGAAUGGAUAUUUCGACAUACUUAACCACCGUGUUGAGCUUGAAGAAGUACGGAUAAUAUAUUGUGUUUCAGAGACGAUAGGAACAAAUAUAGAGGCGAACAGUGACAGCGAAGUACUUGUGCUUAUGGACAUGACACCGAGUCCUGAAUUGCUCGAAGAAGGUUUAGCUCGCGAAGUUAUAAACCGUAUACAAAAACUCAAGAAAAAAGCUCAACUCAUACCAACGGAUCCGGUAAUAAUUUUCUAUGAAUUAAGUGGUGCCAAUGACGGUGAAUGUGAUCAGUUAACUAAAAUUAUUGCUAAUCAUGAAACCAUGAUUAAAGGCAGUAUUAAAUCGGAACUGCUUCCAUUUGACAGGGAAGAAAUCGAAAAACAUCGUUUAAUUAUCACUGAAAACGCAGUUAUUAAAGGUGUGAUAAUGGCACUAACAAUUUGUGCAACUGAAAAGGUAAAUUUGACGUCACUGAGGUGGGUGAAUGUUAUUCUAUCUGAGAAAUUAUGUCCACGGUUUAAUCAGGGCAGAAAAGCCAGUUUAUUACUUGAGAAUAAUGCUACCAAUGAGUUCAUUACAUUGUCACAAUUAUAUGACGAUGUAAAUAAAAUCUUUGGUCUGUUCGGAGUAAAUUACACCAUCUACUCAAUAAAUAACCGAAAGCAAAUUGUACCAUCGGAUGUAAAUAGUUCAUUAAAUGGACAAACUUUGUUGGUGGGAUUGACGUUAAACGAAACAGAUGAGUAUCACGAUGUUAAGCUCCCAAAUGCUCCGUUUUGCAAGUCGCAAAAUAAGGGAAUAUUUCUAUUUACGGAAAAUCCACAGGGAAAUCCUUUGCUUUGAAAGCUGAAAAUAUUAAAGUUAUACUAUUUAAUUGAAUAUAAAUGAAUGAAAACUCAUAAAAAAA